AUGGCGUACGACACAGAACCCACCUUCUUUGUCAGAGUUCAAAACACAAAGGCCAUUGCUCUUGAGGUAGGACGCCACUCGUCCAACUGGAACAACUCUUCCUUGGUGGGAGUGUCGGCGAAGACAUCAACACCCUCAGAAAUGCAGCGGUCACCUUCACUUUCGGGAGCGCGUUUGGAGACGUCAUGCACCAACGACAGCAGUUCUGCCGGUGAUUGCCUCCUUUCAACGGCGAACUUGGGACCAAGCGAGAUGGUUCUGCUGACGUGGUCUGACUUGGCUGCUGUACAUCAUUUCCCUGGCCAGCCACCCCAUCUGGGAUAUGCCGCGCAAAAGCAUGUGUUCAAGUGUUCUGAGUGUGGCUAUAUUGGAAGAAACAAAUCUAUCCUGCAGAGACACCAAAUGAUACAUACAGGCGAGCGCCCAUACAAAUGUGAGCACUGCAGGAAAGCCUUCAACCGUAAAAGCAACUUGGCCACGCACAUGCGUGUCCACACCGGCGAGAGACCUUACCAGUGCCACCUCUGUCCCUGGAAUUUUGCAUGGAAGAAUGAGCUUACGCGCCACCUGGAAGCUCACAAGGACAGUCAACAUUUGCCUGAGGGUGCACGCAUAUUCACCGUUUUGCAUUGCGCAGACUGGGCUGCUGUACGUCGUCGCCCCGGCCAGCCACCUCGUCUGGGAUCGCCCAUGAAAAAGCUUGUGUUCAACUGUUUUGAGUGUGGCUAUAUCGCAACAAGCAAGUCUGCCCUGCAGAGACACCAAAUGAUACACACAGGCGAGCGCCCGUACAAAUGUGAGCGCUGCAGCAAAGCCUUCAACCGUAAAAGCAACAUGGCUACACACAUGCGCAUCCACACCGGCGAGAGACCUUACCAGUGCCACCUGUGUCCCUGGAAAUCUUCAUGGAGGCACUUGGCUGCUGUACGUCAUCGCCCUGGCCAGCCACGUCAUCCGGGAUCUCCCACAAAAAUGCGUGCAUUCAAGUGUCUUGUGUGUGGCUUUACUGCAAGAGACAAAUCUGACCUGCAGAGACACCAAAUUAUACAUACAGGCGAGCGCCCAUACAAAUGUGACCACUGCGGCAAAGCCUUCAACCAGAGGUGCAACUUGGUCUCGCACAUUCGCGUCCACACCGGCGAGAAACCUUACCGCUGCCACCUGUGUCCCUAUGAUUCUGCGUGGAAGAGAGCCAUUAUGCGCCACUUGAAAACUCACGAAUGCUAGCAACCUUUGCCUGAUUGUUUGUGUGUGUGAACAGUAAAGGAAAGGCUGGAGAAGGCAUGUCGAUGUGUUUAUCAGGUUCAGUGGCUACAAGUGCUGGUGUAGAAGUAAGGGUGAUGCUCCGUGAAA